AUGGCUAGUCAGAGUUCAGAUGAGGCAUGUGCAGCCCCACUGGCCCCAUCAACUGAUGGGGAGCCCACAGCAGGGGACCUCCCUGAUUCCUCCCUGGAUGCAAAUGUGGAUUCAGGGGAGGUUUUGGGGAAGCAGGGUGACCAAACUGAGAGCCCACAUCCGGGCUCCCAAGACAACCUGCCCCCACAGGGCCUGAACCCAGAAACAGCCAAUGAGGAAGAGAACAACACCGUCCUUGGGCUGUCCUUCCCCAGGAAGCUCUGGAGGAUCAUGGAGGAUGCGGCCUUCACCUCUGGGAGCUUGAAUGACGAGGGAGACAUGGUGGUCAUCGAGACAGAUCUCUUCCAGAUGGAGUUCCUCCAGCACAGAGGCACGGACAGGAUCUUCGACAAAGACAGCAUCAAGAGUGUCAUCUGUGAACUGAACCUGUAUGGGUUCAGUAAAAUCCACCCUUUGGAUCACUCUGCAGGGAAGAACAGGAUGAUGAUUUAUCACAACUCCAACUUUCAAAGAGACAAGCCUCUCCUCCUGCAGAACAUCCAGAGAAAAGGCUACCCCAGAACAACUGCUCAGCCCGUCAAUGGAGCAACAACUACGCCGAAGAAAAAGAAGUGAGCAAUGGUGACCAGACGCUCUCCUCGAUUCCAUCACAAUGAGUCCACCCAAGAGGCUGACAAGAAAGUUCAGAAUGGAAACCCAACUGCUCAUGGAAGCCCCAGCCGGCACUCACAUGUGUUCUCUGGCCUUUGGUCUACGGGCAGUGUAGCCGGGUGGGCUAGGGCAAACCAUCUCUCCAGUGAACAGGGCGACCCCAGUGGAGAGGGUACAUCCAGCAAUGGCACGUCUGUACUCCUAGCUACCGCUGAAAGGGACAGUGCAGGGGAACUGCCCAAGAGCCCCCCAGAGUAUCCAGGUUAUGGUUCGGUGAUGACUCUGUACAACACCUGUUACUCCAUCCUGAUGGCGGCCCUUUUAGUCAUGGCCCCAAAUGAGGCCCUUGAGGUGGAGGAGGAGCAGGAAGAGUCCUCAGAUUACAAGUGUGCCCUCCGUGAGCAGUUCAAGGACAACCCCAAUCCCUGA